GCGAAUAAAAAAUAGCCUUUCGCUGAGUUCCGAUAAGGUUGCCAUAUAAAGAGCCUGUCUGGCUGUCGCCUCUGCCGGAGUGGUGCCCUCCGAGUCCGCCAAGGCUGUCCCAGUGAAGGACAUGCCCCGCGCCGGCAAGAUCGAGGGUCGCAUUACCAAUGGAUACCCGGCCUACGAGGGCAAGAUUCCCUACAUUGUGGGACUGAGCUUCAACGAUGGCGGCUACUGGUGCGGCGGUUCCAUCAUCGACCACACCUGGGUCCUGACCGCAGCCCACUGCACGAACAACGCCAACCAUGUGCUCAUCUACUUCGGAGCCAGCUUCCGGCACGAGGCCCAGUACACCCACUGGGUGAGCCGCAGCGACAUGAUCCAGCAUCCCGACUGGAACGACUUCCUGAACAACGACAUCGCCCUGAUCCGCAUCCCCCACGUGGACUUCUGGCACUUGGUCAACAAGGUGGAGCUGCCCAGCUACAACGAUCGCUACAACAGCUUCUCCGGCUGGUGGGCAGUGGCCUCUGGAUGGGGUCUGACCGACAACAACAGCGGCAUGUCCAACUACCUGAACAGCGUCGAUGUCCAGAUCAUGGACAACAACGACUGCCGCAACUACUACGGAGGCAACUACGUCAUCGACAACACCAUCUGCAUCAACACCGACGGCGGCAAGUCCUCCUGCAGCGGUGACUCCGGCGGUCCCUUGGUCCUGCACGAUACCAACCGCAUCGUGGGCAUCGUAUCCUUCGGCAGCGGAGAGGGCUGUACCGCCGGCCGCCCCGCCGGAUUCACUCGUGUCACCGGAUACCUGGACUGGAUCCGCGACCACACCGGCAUUGUCUACUAAGAACUGUGAUUUGAUAAAGCAAUCAUAUAAAAAACUAUUUAAUUUCUUUUGUUUGCAUAUACUUAAGGUGUUGUCUAAGUGGUCUUGUUAAAUUGAGUGGGAAGUUAAAUAAGUGGGUUGCGAAC